UGACUCCUGUUCUCUUUCUCUUCCAAACUUUACGUAUCGUCUGCACCGCAAAAAUGGCGAAUGUUAUUGUGAAUGUUCGCCCUGGCCUAAAACUUUUUCAAUCGGUUUUGACAUGCUCUUCCAGAGCAUUUGGUUCCACUUCUGUGUUGAUGAAUGAAGAUCCUCUGAAGCUUGCCCAGCUCAAAGAUGCACCAUUGAAAUCUUUGGAUGAUCUACUCUCUUCUUCUGAAAAAAAUGAUGGCGUAAUCACUGUUGAAAACAAAGUUGACAUUAGUAUUUUAACUGGUGUACCUCAAGAACACAUUACAACCCGUCAUGUUCGCAUCUGGAAACCAGUCAAGCAUGCAAUGCAGUCUGGUACUAAUAACACUCACAAAUGGAAAAUGGAGUUUGAGUCCCGUGAACGCUGGGAAAACCCUCUAAUGGGCUGGGCUUCAUCAGGUGAUCCACUCUCCAACAUGCAAUUGAGCUUCGGCAAUAAAGAAGAGGCUAUUGCAUUUUGUGAAAAAAACGGUUGGGAUUAUUCUGUGAAUGAAAUUGUUGAAAAGCAGCCUCGUCCCAAGUCUUAUGGAAUAAACUUUUCCUGGAAUAAGAAAACCCGCACUUCGACCAAAUAAGACUGACCCGAGGAAAUCCAGAUCAAUAUUGAUCCUUAAAUGGAAAUGUGUAGAUAAAGGUUACCCUUCUUUGAACUUGGUCUAGUUAUAAAUACACCGUGAAAAGU